CCGGCCGGGAGCAGGAUGAUGAACUCGCUCCUCUUCGGUGAGAUGGCGCGAGCCUUCUCCGCCGGCCAGGCCCCCGGCGCCUUGGGCCCCGGCAGCCCCGCGGCGGCCUCCCCGCCGGUGACCACGGCGCUGCGGAACGACCUGGGCUCCAACAUCCACCUGCUGAAGGGGCUGAACGUGCGGUUCCGCUGCUUCCUGGCCAAGGUGCACGAGCUGGAGCGGCGCAACCGGCUGCUGGAGAAGCAGCUGCAGGCGCAGCAGAGCGAGCGCGACCGCCGCUUCCGCUACAAGACCUUCUCCCGGGACCAGGCCGUGCAGACGGACUCGGGGCCCCCGGCUGCCGGACCGGGCGCCCUGCCGCCCGGCCCCGCUGGCGCCGCCGCCGCCGCCCCCCCGCCGCAGCACUACGGCCGCCUGCCCGGCACCAUCUGGAGCUACACCCAGGUGCGCCGCACCGGCGGCGGCGGCCUGGAGACCCUGCAGGGGCCCGGCGUCUCCUGGGUCCACCCGGACGGCGUUGGGGUGCAGAUCGACACCAUCACCCCCGAGAUCCGGGCCCUCUACAACGUGCUGGCCAAAGUGAAGCGGGAGAGGGACGAGUACAAGAGAAAAUGGGAGGAGGAACUGGCAAAGCGAAUGAGUCUGGAGUCUAUGGUGGAAACCCUGCAAGAGGAGGCUCAAGAAGCUGACGCUGUCCAGGAAGAGUUAAAUGAUAAGAUUGAGCGGCUGAAAGCAGAGCUUGUUGUCUUUAAGGGUCUGAUGAGUGAUCCCAUGACAGACCUGGACACAAAGAUCCAAGAAAAGGCCAUGAAGGUGGACAUGGACAUCUGCCGUCGAAUCGAUAUUACAGCUAAGCUGUGCGAUGUAGCACAGCAGCGCAACUCUGAAGAUGUUUCCAAGAUAUUCCAGGUGGCUUCCAAAAAGAAAGAACGCAAGCUAACAUCUGACGAAGACCUCUCUGAGCAGGAUGGAGACAAUGGCAGAUUAUCAGAUGACGAAGUCAGCUGUUCUCUGAACAUUACAGAUGAAAUGAAGCGAAUGUUUAAUCAGCUGCGUGAGACAUUUGAUUUUGAUGAUGACUGUGACAGUUUAACAUGGGAGGAGAAUGAAGACACCCUGCUUCUCUGGGAAGACUUCACAAACUGCAAUCCUUCAAUUGACCUGCAAGGAGAACAGGAGGAGAAUCUGGGAAACUUGAUCCAUGAAACAGAAUCUUUCUUCAAAACAAGAGACCAAGAAUAUCAGGAAACAAUAGGACAGAUCGAGCUGGAGCUAGCCACAGCCAAGAGUGACAUGAAUCGCCACCUCCAUGAAUACAUGGAAAUGUGCAGCAUGAAGAGGGGCCUGGAUGUACAGAUGGAAACCUGUCGUAGACUUAUCAAAGGCUCAGCUGACAGAAAUUCUCCAUCUCCCAGCUCUGUAGCCAGCAGUGACUCAGGAAACACAGACGAGAUUCAAGAUGAGUUUGACAGAGAGGCCGACGUGGAGCCUAUGGUCAGCUGAUACAUAAUCCGAGCAUUCCAGUGAAAGGGAAAAUACGGAAAGGAAAAAAAAAAGUGGAAAAAAUAGAAUACUGACCGAACAGACUAAAAGGCCCUGGCACAGGGUUCCUGAGGACUCAUUCCGAUACGCAUCCCCGCCCCACCUGAGGAUUGGUGCUGUACAUUUCUACUGUUCUACCAAUUACAAAUGCAGAAUUCUGUAAGAAAACAUGGUGUUUUAAUGGUGCCUUUGCCCCAAGCUGAGCCACUUUGACUCUAAUGGAAUAUUAAUAGCAAGUGUUUUUAUAAGAAAAAAUUAAAAAAAGGGUGGGGGGGAAUCUAGCUGCAGCAGAGAAUGGUGCUGCAAAUGUUGGGUGUUUCAGUAGGCUUAUAACUUACUGAAGGGCUGCACUGUUUGGCAGAAGGAACACUGUGGCAAAAUGAGUAUGGACCACAACACAAUUACAGUUUGACGACCAUAGUUCUCUGGCAAAAAAUAAAAAAAAUGUAAACACCUCCAAACGUAGCUCUUAACCCCAUUUAAAAAUAGCAGUGGGUUAGAGGCAGACUUUAGGCUCAUGCAAUUGUAAGGUAUCCAGAGGAAUCUCUUUAUGCCAUCGGUCUGGGUGGAGAGACCUUUGGAAUCUGCACAAGCUUUUUGCCUGAGUCUAGAAUCCCAAGAAGCAGAUCUCAGCUCGGUGGCAAAGCAGAUGGACAGGAUGCACGGGGGUGGGAAUAUCACCGUUAAACUACUAUGCAAAAAAAAAAAAAAAGCUUGCCUUAUUUAUACGGAAUGUUUGGUCCCUGCUGGGCUAGAGUUAUCUCUUGGUGGAAGGAAAGCUAAAAACAGUUGCACAUGUUAGUUAUCUGUAGAGCUUCCUUUGUGGAGGAAUGUCUGUUAUAAUGCCUUUGUUUCCUGGGAUGGGAUUAGGAGGGGCAUUAGCCCUUCAGUUCCUGAAUUUUUUUUCACAAUACUGUUUUUUGUUUUUUGUUUUUUUUGUAAACCAUAAUAGUUGCAGGUCUUACUUUACUGCCUGGGAGAUAAGCAGCAUAAAAUGCAGUUUCAUGAGCAGCGUGGUCGAAGCAUCAGGGUAGACUGACACACAGUGCUGUAGAUGUAGGCUUGAGAUGUGACAUCAUUACAGACCACUAUUCUUUGGAAAACUGAAAAUCAGAAAAUACUGUAAUCCUUUUUAGGGCACAGUAAAAACGAAUCCUAAACUACUGCUGCUCUGGAAUUAGGGAAUAACAGCCAUGUGCUUUCUCUGUGAGAAAGCAAGUAGACCUAGGCCUUACAUGUCUGUUCCUCUGUAUUUUAAACCAGAGAAAGCAGCAUCAAAAGUCUAAUUUAUUUACUUUCUAUUCAGGGAGCUGGUGGCAUGAGAUGGGCUGUUCUCGGUUGUAAUUAGGAAUUGUCACAACUGAGCCAAGAGAAGGGGAAUGGAAAUCUCUGACUUUAAGCAAGCAGAAGACAAUACCAGAUUGUUUUGCAGGCCACUGUUGAAAACAUAAUAGCUCUUAGAAGUAACUGUGUAGCUAAUGACCAUUUUAAAAGAUUUAAGAGACUAAAUUUCAAAUUAUCUCCCCCUCCCCCCCAUGAAACUCCUCCCACAGUGGGUUUAAAAAUACUGGGAGUGGGAGUGGUUUUCUUCCCAUAUAGAUUGGACAGAGAAAUGUCAGGUUUUAGCAUCCUCUCAGUGUUAAGUGGUGCUGUGAUGGUUGUUCUGUACCCAUCAACUUGAAAUAAAAUCAGGGGGAUGGCAUUGUGAGCAAACAAAACCGAGUACACAUCAGAGUGCUGCUUUCUCCAUAACAGAGCACAAGCCUCACUAAAGUAGUGUCUGUAUUAGGCAGAGAAUGGCUCUUUGAAUUUUGCACAACUUGCUUCACGUUGGGGGCAGUGUAACCCUGACAGAUCCUUGCUUGUAGAGUAGCUUUGUGCACAGUACCAUCUUAUUGACUCUGGUUCCAUGCACAGCUGCCUGUAGUUCUUUCGUCGCUCUUCCUGUUGAGUGUCCUAUAGCUGACUACUUAGCCCCAGAAUGAAUUGUGCGGGCCAUCUGAAACAUAUGGCCCCCCAUAUCUUUCCAGGUGGGAAGAACUACUGUGAUGAGACCCUUCUGGAUCCAAAAUGUGAGUUUAAAUUAUUCCCGUCCACGAAAAGAACUGUAAUGCAAGGACACGCUAUUAAUUUUACUUUUCUUGCUGUUUGAAACAUUCAAGCCACUUGUGCAUAAUCUCUUGUUAGGAGCUCUCUUAUCAAUCAUACUGUACCUCAGUGGCCUUUUUAAAAUGUUUCAUUACAGGUGUAAUUUUGUGUUUAGGUCUUUUUUUAAAGAAACCUGUAUUCCAAAGUGCUCAUUCCUAGCAUCUCUUAUCUAGCCAAAGCAGUAAGUUAUGUUCACUAGGAGUGAGCUUUGUACGGUGGAAUGAAAAAUACGUGUCAGUCAUGCCCUUUUGAUAAGAGAAUGGGACUCCAUGUUUUCAGUUCAAGUAUUUUUAAGGUUACCAAGCCUUUGAACCUCAGCUGCUAAAUAUAUUAGGUUUCUCAAAAGGUUGAGAGACCACCUGCCAAAGCUGAAUGUUUGUAGUGAGUACUCUAGUGAGACUGGAGGAAACAUUGUUUAUAACAGGAGUUUGCUCCUGUAGUGAGACAGCCUUCCUAGAGACUUCCAGUCAGCUGUCCUCUGAUUAUGAAAACCUCUUUUGUAGUGGAGAAGUGGAACAGUUUAAACAGCCGUCCUACUUAGCUGCUGCUGCUUUCUUUGUAAAAUGCAGUGCUCCGCAAGGAGACUGGGUCAGUGUUGUACCUUUAAUGGUUGGCAUGUCGAGGCAGGGAAAGAGAAGAGAGGUAUCCUGCAUUAAGAGUGAACCGCUUGAGGAAGUAAAACUUAGUUGUUGAUACAAGUAAUCUGUAACCUACAGUUCAUCUCAUAGCCAUAAUUAUGAGGACCAUCUGUAAUGAGGUUGCAUUGUUUUCAAGUGGAGGAGGAGGGAUAUCUGUAUAGUAAAGAAUAAGAAAUGUGUAUGAUGAUGAAAUAUGUAUGAUGGUAAUAGCAAUGACUGUGGUGGUUGUUGUGUUUGUCUGUCUAUUUUUUCUAUAACCAUAUGUAAUCCAUUUUUUAAAUUUAUCUUCAUACUUGGGUUUGGGGUUAUAUUUUAGUCAAGGCAGUGGACUUGAUAGCUAGCAGGGUCAGCCCCUUGGUAGUUAUUGAGUCGAUCCCAUGGUCGUUUUCCCAUGAGGUUUUUUGUUAAGUUUUGUUUCAAAUGAUGCUGCUGAUUUAGCUGACAGUGGUCCCAUUUUGUCUGUAUUUAACACAUCUGUAGUGACCAGAUCAAAAGCUUGCCAGAAGAAAAAUUGUGAAAAUGCUGGAAAUCAUUUUGAUGACCUCUUUUUUUCCUUUGUAAAGCUGUAAAUACUUUUUUAUUUUCUAUUCUUAACGCAGUGUCAUAUUGACACUUUUUUAGACUUAUAAUCAGUAAAUCCUCAUUGUUUUUUUUCUCAUUUUUUUUAAAGAGGAUUUCAAGAAAGCAAACUUUUUUUGCUUGUUAGCAGUGUAAUAAGGUAGGUCAAAUUCCUAAAAUGAAUUUGUACAAAAACAGUGUUUUCAGUGAAUAAAUCUCAGUGAUUUUGUGGAUGCAUGUUCUUCAAAAAGUCCAAAGAAUCAUGUGGUACAAACAUUUUUCAAGGAUUUAAUAAAUACCACGCUAGGUCAGGCAAGAAACAAGGAAUGAAAACAUUUUUUUCAAGUAUGGAUUGGAAAAACAUUAAAUGUAACUCAGAGAAAUGUGUAAUCUAGUUAUAAAUAACAGUAUAUUUUCUGGAUUUUUUUUUUAAACGUGCAAACAGAAGUCAGCAAGUACAAGUCUUCCUCUGUAAAGUAUUCUCUUUGAUGGGACUCCAAAUUCUCAACACUUUCAAGUAUCAGCAUGAGAAACAAAUGUAACAGGUGUGGCUGGCUGUGAAACACUCCUCCUAUCUCUUCCUCAUAGCAAGAAAAACAUAUGUUGCGAACGUUACUGUAACUGCAGAAUUAUUUUUCCCCAUCUUCACUGAUUCCAGUGCCUUCAACAAGAGGGUGACCAUGGACUGGCAUCAUUUCUGCUCACCACAAAUGAUACUGCAGAUGCAUUUUUUACACUUUUUUAAAAUUUGACCUAGAAUAAGAUUUGUAUUUUACCCUCUAGCAGGGUAGAAUAUAUUUGGACUGCAAUUCAGACUUGAGGGGCCUGAUUGCUAAUUUCCUUACCCCAAUAUAAACUGGGAGUAACUCAAUGGAAUUAUACCGGUUGGAGAUCAGAAUCUUUCUGUAUGUAGGAAGGCUUUUUAGAACUGUUACAAUUUCAAUAUGGUAAAGGCAAUAUUAACAUAAAAUACUUGCUAUCAAAAAUUGAAAUUCCCAUUGUCAGUCCAGACUCAGGGCAGGUCUACAUUACAGGGUUAAGUUGACCUAAGUUACAUAACUCCAACUAUGUGAAUAACGACGAGGAGUCCUUUUGGCACCUUAGAGACUGAAAAAUUUAUUUGGGCAUAAGCUUUUGUAGGCUAGAACCCACUUCAUCAGAUGCAUCUGAUGAAGUGGGUUCUAGCCCAUGAAAGCUUAUGCCCAGAUAACUUUUGUUCAGUCUGAGGUGCCACAAGAAUGCCUCGUUUUUUUUUGCUGAUACAGACUAACACGACUACCACUCUGAUAUGUGAAUAACGUAGCUGGAGUUGAUGUACCUUAGGUUGACUUAUUGCGAUGUUUCCCGCAUUGGUUUGAUGGGAGAAACUCUCCUGUUGACUUACCUUAUGCUUCCUGUUCUGAUGGAGUACCGGAGUUGAUAGGAGAGUGAUCAGCAGUCGAUUUAGUGAGUCUUCACUAGACCCGCUAAAUCGACCCUCGGUGGAUCUGCACCCACUGGUAAGUGGAGACAGUCCCUUAGGAUGAGUGAUGGCAUUGGUGGCACAGGAGUGCUUACAGUCAUACCAGGAACACCCAUAAACCUGUUGAAAUGAAGCAGAUAUUUGCUUGUUUUCCUUAUUUCUAUACUGUGGGAAGAUCAUAUUGAUGAAAGAAUGUUUGUACCUGGAACAUGUAGUGAAGAACAUCUUAAUAAUGAAGGGCAUCUGACUGUGCUUCAUUUUUGUGAAUGCUACAUCUUUGAGCAGCAUAAUGUUUGAAAGGAAAUGCUGCUGACUAAACUCUUAAUGCUUAUAAUGGUGGAGAACUUUAAAAAGGUCUUUCACCUAAGCUGUUCUAUUGGAAUUUAAACUCUGCUUGGAUAAUAAUGCUGACCAAGGAUCCAAGGUAAUAUUCAGAUAAUUUCUUUCACAUUUUGUUUCUAGACAUUCAUUUAAAGGUGCUGGUUCACUAGCACAAAGAUGCCGUAUUUGGAUUGCAGACACAGUAAAGACAUACUUAAGUUUUCCUUUGAAAUUUGUAUAAAAAUCACUGAAACAUUUGGUGGCCUUAAGUUUUGUCAAAUCUCAUUUUCACAAAACCUAAAUUUUAGACAAACUUUGGCCUAAUAAGUUUUUAUACCAGCGGCGUGGGGCACUAACAGAUAAUACCAAGAUCCCAAAUCAUCAAGCAAAUUUUACACAUGUAGGUUUGUACCAAAUACCAUUUUUAAAAGACUCACCUGUCAAGCUUUGAACUUAACUUCUAAUUUGAGCUUAAAUUUUCCUUUUCAAAUGUCUUCAUAUGCAUUUGUGCAUAGCUUUGGGGUCUUGCUCUUUUGUAUUUAAAGCAGCCUUUCAAAAAGCUCAUCUUUUGAAGUAGCAGAGAUUUUGGGAGGCUGGAUGAAGCUGGAUGCUGAUGAGGCCUUCAACUCUUUAAAAGAGCAUGUCAGGUCUCCUUAUCUGUGACUUGUGGCAUUCCAAUAGUGAAGCACUUUCACAAACAAGAUAUGGUCUUAAAUCUGAAUAGGUCUGUCUUUUCAGGCAGGCGGUGAUGCUAACAUCAGAAAAACUGCUUUAGAAAUAGUUAGGUGUUUGACUUCAUUGCAGUUCUUGUCCAAAUGUCUUGAAACUGACAGUCCAAAUCAUUCCCAUGGUGGAACAUACAUGUACCCCUGUGCUGCAAAUCUGGGCCAUGUUUAGUUUGUUGGCUUCCUGAAGUGACAACCCAUACAAAGAUUUAAUCUUAAAUCUUGUUCUAGAAAUAAACGUUUAAGAUGGUUAAAAGCUUGGGCACUUAACCACACUUCUUUUAUAAUACGGUUUCACUGAAAGGAAUAUACAAAGUCAUCUGUCCCUAGGAUUAAAAUAUUUUUAAGCUAAAUUUUGCCAAAAAUGGUAUUUAUUUUUUAAAGUGUUUAAAUGGGAGACAUUAAUUAACUCCUUUCCAUGCCAUGUCACUUUGUGUCUGUUAGGGUUUUUUUGGAUCAUGUAAGAGUUUUAUUUUAAUACUCAUUAAAACAGACUACUGUUCAGAGUGGAAAUGAAACUGUUUACUGUAUUGUUGUAAAUAUUGUGCUUUAUAUUCUGUAUAUUAGCUUAUUUUAAAGGGAAAAAUGACUUGAGUGAUGAUGCAAUUUGAUCUCCAGUAAGGAAAGAUCCAAGGAUGAACCAAUUCCUAAGCUUGCUCCAGAAGGGCCAUGGUUUCUUGCCCUGAGUUCAGAUUUAAGUGGAUUGUCCCUCUGUUUGGGAGUCUGUCCUUCAGUUCAAAAGCAGACCAGUUGGUUUAUAAAUUGUCCAUGAUUUUUGAAUUAUCCAUUUUGGAAGGAGCACUGGAAACAUGCACAGCAAGAACCCGAAGCAUUGGAAUUUGAGGUAAUCCACUGGAACUCACAAUUCCCCUAUUAGUGCCAAAAACUAGUGACUGUAUAUCUGAUCUAGCUGCCUGUGUACUGUUUUUUCUUGUUCUGUCUUGAAAGGGCAAAAGUCCAAGCACUUACCUCCAUCAUUCUCAGCCAUCCUGUGCUGUGGUACUGCUCUUCCGAGAAGCAUUGGGAUAUUGGUUCAUCUUUGUGCUCUUGAUCUAUAAAAAUUCUAACUAUGAAUGUUGAUUUCCAAGUCACGUUCCAAAUGGGCUUCUCUGUGAAAAGAGGCUGUUCUGAAGCUCGUUGAUGAAAACGGGUUAUUGUCUGGUUACGAGGAAAAACCCCUUAAAAUAAAUGCCAAACUUCCUGGUUGUC